CCCGGUUACAUUUAACCAGAGCCCUCUCUUUUACUACUUCCAGAGGCGUUACUGGCCAUUAUUUUUCUGAGGUCGUCGUUGCUGCUCUUGACAGAGGAAGAUUCCAUACCCAUCGACUCGCCCUAGCUGUAGACCCACUCUGUAAGUUCACCAAUGGCCACGCCGCCUGUGCCCCCUCGUCCGUAUGAUUACUACGACUCUCGCCCUACUCGAGAUCAGCCAGGACGGCCGCCUAUACCUCCUAUCCCUCCAGCUCUCAGGAUGGACCUCGAAAGCGAGCACGGAUCUGCCCCUCAUUUUGAAGACCCUCUCGUUGCACCUCGUCCGCACAAGAUACAACCUGAUCUACCUGCAAAUAUGGCACGGACGCUGCAUGAGCAGACGAGGUCUCCCUACGGCGUGCGGCACCCUAGCGAAUACGCGCAGCCUUGGGAAGGACAAUCAACACUGAACACAACCCCUGGAUUUGCGAUACCUGGUCAAAGAGGUCCAAACCGCGGUGCUAGCCCUCUCCCGGGACAGGGUGCGAGCUAUGGCGGCUAUGGUGUUGCAAGUCCACCACCAGGCGGUUAUUCGCCUUAUCCACCACAAGGUUACAGCGCACAAAUUCAACACUACCCACCACCUCCACGCACAGAAGAUAUUCAGUCGUCGCUGGCAGCUCUCGCUCUGGGACCAUCAUCACAGCUAUCCCCCCAUCAGUAUCAUCGCCAUCCUUCCUCUAUGUCUGAGUAUGCGCCCCCACCACCGCCAGCGCAGCGGUAUCCAGUGAACCCUCAGUCGGGAUCACCCCCCAGACAGCCGGCACACACCCAAGGCCCGCCGUCUCUGACAGCUCCGGUGCCUACGGUGUCCGGGCUGGCUACAUCUCUACAAGCUGUCCAACAGCCUAACUACGACCCUGUACAGAAGGUUUCAUGGUGCCGCGACGUCCUCGCGCUCGUUAACCGCGCAGAGGCACUUCAAGCCCCACCCCCAAACCCCACGAACAUCGCUUCGACUGAUGUACCCGUUGGUCCGAUCCGUAUUGAAGACCCGCAACUACGACCGCUCGUCGACGUGAUGACGUCGCUCAUUCUGCAAAUUUCUUCGCCGAACUCGAUGCCCAAACCUCCGCCGGUGCACAUCGCCGAGGCGGUGUACCUCCGCGCAUGCUGCGAAGCGUCUGGUGCGUUUGCAUCAGCCUACCCGCCCAUCAAGCGCGACCCGCGCACAGCAUUCCGUGACUUUGAGUUCGCAGCACGCAACGGCUUCCCUGCGGCGUGGUUCAAAAUUGGCAGAGACUAUGAGAACUUCGGGGACGUCCCGCACGCGAAGGACGCCUUUGAGCGGGGUGUAAAGGCAGGCGACGAGCGGUGUCUUUACCGCAUGGGAAUGGCACAUCUUAUGGGUCAACUCGGCCUGCCCUCAUCCCCUGAGACUGCCGUCCCGCUCCUUCACCGGGCCGCCACCCUAGUAUCGGCUGAAGUUCCCCAGCCAGCAUAUGUAUAUGGCCUACUUCUCUUGCAAGAAUUCACACACGUCACCAUUUCACCCCAGCUAUUCGCUCCCUUCAUCCCGCCAGGGUCCUCGACGGAGCUUGAAGCCCGCAAGCAUCUCGAGCGGGCGGCAUACCUCAGUUUUGCCCCCGCACAGUACAAGCUCGGACACUCAUACGAGUUUGCAUCGCCGCCGUUUCCAUUCGAUGCGCUUCUUAGUGUGCAGUACUACUCGCUCGCAAGUCAGCAAGGUGAGAUUGAGGCGGAUAUGGCUCUCAGCAAGUGGUUCUUGUGCGGCUCGGAGGGCGCAUUUGAAAAGGAUGAGGGUCUCGCAUGGACUUUUGCUGAGAAGGCAGCGAAGAAGGGGCUGCCAAGCGCUGAAUUCGCGAUGGGAUAUUAUGCAGAAGUCGGUGUAGGUGGACCGAAGGAUAUGGAAGUAGCGAGGGUGUGGUACCAGAAGGCCGCCGAUCAUGGCAAUGAAGACGCGAAAGAACGUUUGCGUUCGCUCUCACAACCUGCACCUCAAGCGAUUUCCCGUGAGGAACACCAGAAUCUCACAGAAGUGACCCUCGUCAGGAAACGGACCCAAGCAAAGCAGCGCUCCGAGGCAUCCGGUGCUUGGCCUGCACAAAUGUCGGCAGGCCAAGGACAGCGCAUCGUCGAGCAUGCACGUAAUACAAGUACGACUCUAGCUCCCGUCGUUGCAGUCGCUCCACAAGGGGCGUCGUCACCUCACCCUGCGACAAGCCCACAGCGACGACCGGCGGAUAUACCUGUUACUAGUCCUCUGACAGGCAGUCCAGCACCGCAGACGCAGACGCCUCGUCCGUUCGCGAAUGCACCGCGCUACGCACUCUCAGACCCCGGAUCGAAUUCUGCGGCCGGCCCGCGACUUGCACAGCAGCAGUCCAACUUUGGUCCCCCAGGACGCCGCACUGACACUGCUGGUCCACCGCCCCCAGAAUCUGAGGAGCACUCCUUGCCAGAGCCUCUCUCACCACGGAACGACUCGUCACGUCGUGGGGCGCAGACGUUCGCGGAAAUGGGUAUUACAACAGCGAAGGUUGAACAGAAGGAAUGCCUCAUCAUGUAAAGUGAUUUCACUCGUUUUGCUACGGACAGUGCCUACAGACUAGGAGAGAAGACGAAGCACAGUUCUAUAUAUAUACUAUGUCUACUGCGCCCGAUCGAUGGUAGCGAC